ACCAGUAGUAUUCGGCCGGUCAACGAUAUUCCGAUGAUCUGACGCAAACGAUAUCCCCCCGAACCGACGACACACGCGCGCGCACGCAUCCACGCGCACGCACGCACGCACGUAUCGUUUCGUAUCGUAUCAUACACACCGCCGUUCGGCCGUAUACAGUCUACACGUACGCCGCCGCGACGACCGCACUACGUCCGUCGUUGUAGGUAUAAUACGGUCACUAAUAUCAUAUUAUUAUUAUAUACCUACCCGUCCGCGCACUAUUAUAUUAUCAUACACCUAGUUUGCCGUCGUAAUAAUUAUCGUACACGUUGCACUGUUAAUACUAUACUGUUGUCGCGUCAAUCUCUGCGCAUACGUUCCGAUCGUUUUUUUUUUUUAACCGUGACUAUAUUAUACUGCUGUAAAACCCCCGCGAUUCAUCGGAAGUGCAGAAUAAUUAUUAAACUAUAAUCAUAGCGUUACCCGCCGACAUAUAGUGUAUACCUACGUCUGCAGUUCGCGUUCUUGCAGUCGCGGGACCGUCGUCGCAUUGCUUCAUUUUACGUAUAAAUAAUAUUAUAUACCUAUAUAUACGCAUUUUUUUACCGGCGCCGCGCAUCGUCCGACUGCAGCGGCUGCGACUGAAUAACUGCAACAAUCACCGCCGCGGCUCAUUCCGUCGGUUCACGGGGCUGGCGCGUGGCAUGUAGAGCGAUGGCACUGGGCAUAUCUUCGACGCCCACCGACUCGUCGUCGGGCCGGGGAUCGCCGGUGAGCCCGAUCAGCAGCCCGGUGACGCCGCUGGCUACGCGGCUCGCGCCCAUGCCGCCCAUGGUUCCCAACCCCAUGUUCGGGCUGCCCAUGCUCAACUUCAGCGUGACGCAGGUGGCCAGCGUGUGCGAGACGCUCGAGGAGAGUGGCGACAUCGAGAGGCUGGCCCGGUUCCUGUGGUCGUUGCCCGUCGCUCACCCGAACAUCGUCGAGCUGAACAAGAGCGAGGCCGUGCUCCGAGCCCGGGCCAUCGUGUCGUUCCACAGCGGCAACUACCGCGACAUGUACACCAUACUCGAACACCACAAGUUCACCAAGGACUCGCACGGAAAGCUGCAGGCCAUGUGGCUGGAAGCCCACUACCAGGAGGCCGAGAAGCUCCGCGGCCGGCCGCUGGGCCCGGUCGACAAGUACCGCGUCCGCAAGAAGUUCCCGCUGCCCCGGACCAUAUGGGACGGCGAGCAGAAGACACACUGCUUCAAGGAGCGCACCCGGAGCCUGCUCCGCGAGUGGUACCUCCAGGACCCGUACCCAAAUCCCACCAAGAAGAAGGAACUGGCCCAGGCCACCGGACUGACACCCACGCAGGUGGGCAAUUGGUUCAAAAACCGCAGACAACGUGAUAGAGCGGCGGCGGCCAAAAACAGGAUGCAACAGCAGCAAUUCGCCGCCCAGUUGGCGCAUUCGGGCGGCCGGCACUUGAACCUCCGGCGGUCCAUGUCACCGGGCGCGGUCAGCACCACCGGGUCCGAGUCGAGCAUCAGCCUGGGCGCCCCGUCGCCCGGCCCGCCGUCCAUGCCACCGCUGCCGCUCCAGUCGCUGCCGCCCCCGCCGCUCCAGCUGACCGGCGACCCGCCCCGCAUCGGCCUCACCAACCCGUCGCCGUGCACGUUACCGCAACCGCUGGCGCUGCACAGACCGUUCACGUGAUACAGCCCGCCUCACCCGCCGAUCACCGCCGGCUGGUGACGCGCCUUCCACCGACGACGCGCACGGUUUGAUUUGUUCAUUUUUGGUCGUUUCGUUUUCUCUCUCACUGUUUAAAACAACAACGACGACAACAACAACAACAAAAAUAAUAAUAAUAAUAAUAUCAUAUUCCGACGGCGUCGAUCGUCAUAAUUCAAACUCGUAACAAUAUGAUGAAUCAGUCGAAACCUGCACAGAUGUAAUAACUAGACAGCCCGGCCGUAUACGCGUGCGUGCACCCACAUCGAUUUCGUAUUCGAUUUCGAUGUCAUAGGCGGCACGUGGCUCUUAUAAUUGUCGGGGGGCAAAAAUUAAUCACAAUUUACCGACCCAUUUAAAAAUCUUCUCACAUUCAACUUAUCUAUACCAUAUUCCACCUAAAUUUUUAUCUGGGGGAGGCAACUGCUGACGUCCAUUUGUUGUCUCAUAGGCGCAUUAAGUCUUAUAUAUUCCACCCACCUAUAAAAUCCGGCGAAAGCGCACACAAGUUUAUUACAAAUAACGGUGAACUUCAUCGUGAAAACAUUAUUUAGCUAAUAAUUUACUGUCAACUACCCACGACCGCCCAUCCACCCCAAUUCGCUAAUAGGCGGCGCCGAUCAUCUCGUUUUCGCCAGUUAUGAAGCACUUGGUCACUGUUUGCGAAAUUGUAUAGUACCUAUUCUACUGUAUUAGACCUAUGUACUAGUUCGAACGUCAAUAAGUGAACUAAACAAUUAUUUCACAUAAACCAUAUUAGGAUUUAUGAUUAUAAAAUAUUUUUAUUUCACUAAUAAGUUCAAUUAGAUAAACAUUAAUUAUAUUUUGUGUGAUUGCAAAUCAAUAUGUUACACAAUAUAUUAGCCUUGUGGAUCAUUGAACAGAAAAACUAAGUCAUUCAUUUUCGUAUUUCGUUUUCUUAUCACGCGAACUACUCUAUUACUAGACAUUGUGACAUAAUGCAAGCAAGUCGCUAUAGCAGGGCGCAGACAAUAUCAUUAUUAUUAUACUAAGAAAAAAUUCGGCUGUUUAGUUAUAAAUCUGUGAUCGAUACCAUCGGUAGAUGUGAAUAUUUCUGGUCGGAGAUUGCCGAAAACCAAAAAUUGAAAACAUUUUAGCGGUACCCUUCCCCCCACCCUAUUGGUACAUGCAUAAUAUUAUUAUACAUUCAUUAUUAUUAUUAUUAUUAUUAUUAUUAUUAUUAUUAUCACUAUUAUUAUUAUCAUUAUCAUUAUUAAAUUAUUAUAUAAUAUUAUGUUGUAACGCGCUUGUACCGUAUUUGUAAAAAUAAAAACAUUUUUGCCUAUAAUAUUUAUUCACAAACUAUAAUAGAUUUACCAUUGUAAUUUUUUUGUCGGACGAUCCGACCGAUGAUACGCGUCGGGCACGUAUAUAAUUUAAAUCUGUAUAAAUAUACCUAUAAACAUCCUUCGAGUUUCGACUACUUAUUCGUAUUGUAUAUUUUAGAGUCUUUGUCUACAGUGCAUAUUAUGUAAAUAAUGACUUCAAUUCGAAACGAUAUAAAUGUAUAAUUUUAGUGUGUAGAAUUACCGAGAGACGUCGCACUUUAAAUUAUAUUAUAUAUACUUUGUACCGCGAUCAUAAUAUUAUUAUACAAUAUAUUAUUAAACACAGUAAACAUGAAUCACCCCGUAUUUGAGCCCCCAUAAGUAUACAUGUGUAUAUACCUUGUUAGGACGCCUAUAUAUUGUACCUUUACAUUAUAUAUAUAUAUAUACGAUUACUAUAAUAUGUAGCUUAUAGCAUUUUGUAAAUAGUAAUUAAUUUUAGUUCGUUUAAACGGUGCAAUUAACAUUAUAUAAUUUACAUAAAUAUAUUGUACAAAAACUAUUCUUUAUAUUAUUAUGAUAUUAUAUACAUACACUUAGCAACUGAUAUAGGUAUAUACUGAUAUUUAUAUUAUAUAUUAUGUAUUAUAAUAAUAUCUAUCGUGUUAUAAUAUAAUAUUAUUACCUAUGUCAAUAUAUAUAUAUAUAUAUAUAUACAUGUAUAUAUUAAUAUGAGGCCGAUGAGGCCUAUAUAUAUAUAUAUAUAUAUAUAUAUAUGAGAAGCAUAUGUAACUUUUUUUUUCGAUGUGUUUAACGUAAUAAUCAAACUUAUUAUAAUAUAAAAUAAUUAUAAUGUAAUAAGGCUCAUAUGGUUAUUACAAAUCAUACGUAGUUUCAUUUAUUUGUGCUAUUUCUCGAUGAUUUUGUGCGACGCAUAUAUUAUAGUAAUAAUAUUAUUGUAUACAUUUACUGCGACCACACUGCAACGGAGCUGUUUAUUAAAACAAAAC